GUCUUGCCAUGGUCAUCUUGCAAAAACACAAACCUGUGUGGUCGUCAGACUGCAAUACACACUGCAAGUUAGCCAACGUGAGACAAUUCAGAUGCGACCAACACAGGCGAUGCCUCCUCAGACUGGAAUAUAUUGUGGAAUUCUCGCUUUGCAACAGCGAGCUAGCAGGUGAAACUGUAGACGAUUUCCAAACCUAUGGGAACUACGAUCUUAGGAAAAAAGUGAUGUCCCCAAGACAUGUUGGUGCCACCAGCACUCUAGCAUUGUGAGCUGUGACUUGAAAUCACGGGGAGAGCCCGCUCAGCAGCUCAGGCUCUUCCUCUGACUCCACCAUUUUCAAACCCAGGAACCUGGCCCUUCCUAGUGACUGUGCUGCUCUCAGACCCAGCAACCUGCCCCUGCCCUGUGACUUUACCUCUCUGUGAUGCAACAACCUUGCCUGCCCCUCUGAUUGGGCCUCUUCCAGUCCCAGCAGCGCAGCCCCUCUGUACAACAACCUGGCCAAUCCCUUUUCCUCUCCUGGUCCUUCGCCUUUAGCUCCUCCCCCCGACUCCUCCCACAUCUACUCUGUAGGCCUCUGUUCACAAUGAGCGCCCAGCGUGUGGAUGCCAAGGUAGUCCUGCUGGGUAAGGAGUCUGUGGGGAAGACGAGCCUUGUGGAGAGGUAUGUGCACAACCGCUUCCUGGUUGGACCAUAUCAAAACACAAUCGGAGCAGCCUUUGUUGCCAAGCCCAUUCAGGUGGGAGACAAAGUGUUAACUCUGGGAAUCUGGGACACGGCCGGAGCCGAGCGCUAUGAAGCCAUGAGCAGGAUCUACUACAGGGGAGCGCGGGCCGCUAUCGUGUGCUAUGAUCUGACAGACAGCAGCAGCUUUGUGCGGUUGAAGUUCUGGGUGAAGGAGCUGCAGAACUGUGAGCAACAAUGCAAGAUAUAUCUAUGUGGCACAAAGAGUGACCUCGUCGAGGCUGACCGCAGCAUACGGCAAGUGGACUACCAUGAUGCCCUGGAUUAUGCUGACGAAGUAAAGGCUGACCUGUUUGAGACCUCCAGUAAGAUGGGUCGGAAUGUCGACGAGCUCUUUCAGAAGGUAGCGGAGGACUUCUACAACAGCACAGCCUUUCAGGUCAUGACUGAGGAGAGGGAGCUGGAGCUCGGUCAGCGGAAGGGCUCCUUCUUCUUCUCCUGCUGCCGCCACUGACCGGGGCCACCGGUCAGCCUGCAAGGCCUUCAGGUUCUUACCCGAAACUGUGCACCCCCCUGCCCGGCUCCACACCUGGAGGAUGGGAGCUUUCACAGCUGCGCCAUGCAGCUGCAAGGGAACAGACAUGCGACAAAUGGGACCGCGUUCCUCCCCAGACACACUGGAUCUGAACACUGGGUGCGCUGGCGGGUUCGCUUUACCUUCAAACACUCAUCUCCGUGUGGUCUGUGUCACACGUCCCAACGGUAUGGAAUUCGGGUCAGCAAAUUCCGAGGAGACAACACUGAAGUCAACAUCACUGUUCAAUUUGAACAUUGUUAUCAGAAUUGUCUCUGACCUCACUCUAUUUUUGUGUGUGUUAAAUUUCCCCUCUUGCACUGAAAUUGAUAUUGCCAAUGCAACUGUGGCCUCUUACCGUGGAAAGCCUUUUAAGAAAAAAAAAAUAACAUUCACUCAAAUUGACUCAGAUGCACCAUUUGGGAAAACUCAGUAAUUUGGCAUAGAGCCUCGCUGUUAUGUUCAUCAGCUCUGCUGAAAUUCUUUCAUUCUGUGGCACAAGACCAUCAGCUCAUUUCAUCUUCGCAACGUGUACUACGUUUUUUUAAUUUCAGACUUGAAAGGAUAGCAAGAACACUGGAAAAGCUGCUGUAGAUAUGAUAGUAGAGAACAGAAUGGAAUGAUGGGAGUUUUAAAGGAACAAAUGUGCCUUUAAACUAAACAUGUGAGUUUAGAACUAUUAAUUUUGACCUGCGUUUAUUACUAAAAUGCCUGUCGGUUUACAACUUCAAGUGAAAUGAUAUUAAUGAGGUUGCAAGUGUAUUUUUAGAAGACGUCUUUAACACCAGUUACACUCGAAAGUAAAAACUGGACGAUGAAGGUUAGUUUUGAAGUUAAUUGAAUGUUAUGUGUUAAUGUUUACAGCUCCCUGUCCCUGUUGGAUUAUGUAUUUGCUGAAGACUUGCUUUUUUCUUGAUUGGCAUGAUUUUCAUCUUCAUUUAGCUACUUUGGAAGGGAGCACUGUUCCCACAUUGUAGAAGCAGACAUAUGGAUGAAAACUUUGUUGAGCCUCAAGUGAUCUUGUGCAAUGUUAAAUUCUGUGUAGGAAAACGUAUUUAGUCCGAAUUGUUUGUGUUACCUGCUGUAACUUGUAAGACAUGAAUAACAUCACCACACCUGCGGAAGGAGUCACCAGUUCGUUUUUUCCUUACACUUAAAUUUCCAGCACUCUGCAUGGUGUAUGGACCAUAUAGCAUGCGUUAAGAGCUACCACUGGCACAGCUCACGCUCAUUCUGCCUUCAGCCAGUCCGGAACCAUCUCCCAAAGGCUGCUUGUCAGAUGGAGGUUUUGCAAGACCGCAUGCUUGUUUCAGAGAAACAAAGUACAACUUUCAUUUGUAUUCUCCUUCAGCUUGUAUCCACACUUGUCCACUAUGCCUCCAUGCUUCGUUACUGAACAGAUGAGCAUGUAAAUUGUCCAUCUUGACGCUAGUGAACGUACAGCUUCCAUGCUUACAACCUCCAUUACUUUGUGCUUCAUUAAAUGAAUAUUUAUUGUAGUAUUUCCUGUAAUUUCCUGCAAUUAUUAUCCAUUUUUCAUGCUGACGGGUAUCUACCUGCACCCCAUCUCAUACUGAACUUUCUUGUUCAAUAUAUGCUGUGUGGGGGCACAGAGAUUAAGGUUACAUCUUCAGUCCCCUCCUCCUUAGCCUUUGCCAUUAACUAAAUAGGGUGGGACAAAGAGAAAUGUUUUUGUGAUUCUGAUUUUUUUUUACUUCUGGAUCUUU